GAAUGUCAGACCAUUGUAUCUAAUUUCAAUAAUUAUAGACAUCUUUCAUAUACCCUGCAUAGAAUAAAGAAUUAUUAAAUCAAUUACAGGAGAAGAAGAUAACUGCAUUUACAAUGGAAUGUGUUCCUAGAAUUACUAGAACAUAAACAUACGAAUGCCUUGAGUU